AUGGCAGGUCCCAAAAUUGCUUGUAUUGGCGUGAUUGGAAAAGCAGAUAACCCUCUUCAUAUUGCCUUGUUUCCCCCAUACUCGGAUUCCACAAUCGAGUUCUCCUUCUUAUUGAACUCAUGUCUUGAUAUCUUUGAUAUUCGCUGCAAACAAACUUCCAUUGAUCAGGAUCUGGGACUCUUACAUGCAAUCGACGAGCGACUUGCGGCCUAUGGUUGGUUAACCACCACUGGCGUGAAAUUGUUGAUCAUCGUGGAUCUAUUUGGCUGGGAAGAUGCGACCGGUGCUGCAAAGCCAGCAGGCUCUGCUUUGAACGGUUUGAGAGAUUCUGAUAUGAAGCCGGUGUGUCUUGCGUCAAUGUCCAGUGACAAGCCGUCCACCGAAAUGGAUCAACCCCCUAACGAUUGA